AGUUGAGUCUCGUGGUUCACCUGAUGUAGUCAAGGUCCGGAUAACUGUGGGAAGUCGUUUUUUGACAUUUAAUUAUUAUUCCCGGAACACCAGUGACUUGAAACAAUUUGCUCAGGAGCUAUGGAGAAAAUACAGACUCUUGUAUCUCCGGUGUACAAUAAAAGAAAACUAAAGGUGCAACAAGCUUCGCCAGCAGGUGGGGAUGCACCGUAUCGGGUGAAGGUCCCUGAAGGAUAUCCGGCUCUUGCUGAUCAUCCAUCUUGCAAACAACCCCGUGUCUUAUGUUCUCCAAAAAAAACGCAUUCAGACAAUGCGUCACUCCCUUUUCCACAAAAGCUGUGGAAAGUGGUAGAGAGCGGCAAAUUCCAAUCAGUGACUUGGGAUCCAACUGGCAAUUGUGUAGUGAUUAACAAAGAACUCAUCAAAAACGAAAUCGCAGAAAGAAAGGCGCCCGUAGACAUGUUUGGCUGGAGUAGUCUGAAGAGUUUCCAGCGUCAAUUGCAGCUGUAUGGCUUCAGACAAACCCGUCUAAGUCAACAAACCGAAACGGCCUUGGAGAGGAAGGUGAGAAAUGAAGUCAUUAUGCCCAGGAAAAGGGGUUAGCAGCAUGGCAGUAAAUACUAAUUGAAGUGGAGGAUUAUAUUUUCGUUUGCCCAGAACCCUUUAUUGGAAAAUAAAAAAUACACGUUAACAGGAAGUCCAAUGAUGCUCUUUCAGAAAACUCCCAUAUCUUUUGUCGCUAAACACACUAAAUGUGAAUUGAAGACUUUAUACUAUC